GACAUCGGCAAUUUCGCGUCUCGUAACUUAACGCCGUUUACUAAUGUAAACUCUUUAUUUUGUUCUUCUGGCUAGUGACGUUCGCUUUUAUAGCAGGCUCUAACUUAACCCUAAAAAGACCAGCGUGAAACGAUUGGCAUUGUGUUAUUUGUCCUCUGAAUCAGCUUGUGAAUCGCUUCAAGGAAAAAACCCGAAUUUAUAGGACGUUCCUUUGUGUUUUGAAGGAAUGUUUGGCAGGUUUUUAUGAACACCCGUUGCCUAUCUAUUAGAUGGGCAGGAAGUUGAAAAGUUACUCAAAUUUUGACUACCGCUGUUAGUAGCAGACGGAUUCAUUGAAGUCACUACAAAUGGACAUUUUCUGCUAAGUGCUUCGUGGGUGGACAAAAUAUGUUUCAGCUGUAUUUUGUGUAUAGUGAGUGAGGUUUUGUGUGAACAUACUCGCUCGUCGGAUAAUUGUGUACCUACCAUGUUGGUUUCGAACAACAAUUGCUAGUUAUUUAUAGCAAAUCGGAUAUUUUCGAAGUGAUUCUAAGCACAUAAGUGUCUUCUUGGUGAAGUGUGACCCUAGAGACUCUACAAAGGAGCCAGCUGUGUUAAUGGGUGUAGAGUACUAUAUCGAUACAGAUUGGGGUGACCAGCUGAAGGCCAAUAACAAGAUAAAUCAACAGCAUAUUACGUUACACGCAUUGUCCUUUUGGCGUCAACCCUUUUAUCCUUUUCACUAUAUACGGAUUACUGUGAGGUCUCUUUCGUCGAAACCAAUGCCGAAACUUCAAUACUGGAUGGCCACCCUCCAUAAAAGAAGUUGUUGAAAUUAUAGAUGUUCGUUAAGAUCUAUUUGCUAUCGUGAAAUAAUCUCUCUACUUAUUAGCUCAAUGCUAAAAUGGUGCAGAUAUCUGGAACGGGAGAAUGACCGCGGGUUGGUUCGACGCGUGGCGGGACGACGGGGGGCCCGCACUUCACGCAGAUCCAAACCGAACUCACGUAACGGUCGAUACGCCCGAGCUCUUCAUCUGCAUUGCGUUUGCAACGCUCUUCAUAGCUUUCCUCAUUAUUGUGCCCGGUAUCCGCAAGGAGCGUAUCACAACUGUACUGUGUGUGACAGUCUCAUUGGCAGUUGGAGCUUCCAUUCUAACAGCGAUUCACGGCGGAGGCUGGCACGUCGCCCACGCUUCGACCAAUACCUACUUCAACAGGGCAUUCACAGACGAACGUCUUCCAGCCCAGUUGGGCGUCUGCAUCGGUUUAGCUGCUGUGAACGUGACGUACGCGAUUGCCCCCGAGAGCAAUUACUCGACCUCGAUCGACGUCCACUUCAACGAACGGUUCCACUUUACGCGACCCACCAGCAUACAGGAAGAAUACAAAGAGAGUUUAGUGAAAGGCUUACCAUACCCGAUCUUGACAGUUCUCGAUUACCUACGGCAGGAUAGCGAUGGAUUCACGUGGGGCCGAGCCUAUCGCAAGGCUGGCUUCUGGGCAUCAUAUUUUCUCUGGUGGUCAUUUGCCCUGUGGCUUCUAUCGAACUUGCUUCUAUGCGCGGUGCCCCGCUACGGAGCAUAUCUGUUCUCGGUGACAGGUCUCGUAAUGCUGGUAGCGGUGUGGAUCUAUGCGGUUCUGUUGCCAAAUACGCCACUCAUUAUUCCAAUGGAAAAUGGAAGCUUUCUCAAAUUCGAUCUCGGAUGGUGCUUCUAUAUGGUGCUGGUUCUCGGAAUUGUCGCAUUUGUAGUUGGGACUACAAUGGCUGUAGUUGAUACCCUUUGGCCCUCGAGAUUCUCGACAAUCCUCGAAGUCGAUUACGACACCCCUUAUCGUUAUUUUGUGGGUCAGGGAUAUUCGAAUUCACGGUGUCCGUCCCUCGUGGCCACCCCGCAUUCAACAAUAACCGCUCGAACUUCGAAGGGUCAAGAGCAGCUCUUCAAGGUACUCGAGAAAUUGGAAGACGAACUCUCGGAAAUGUCGCCGUCAGAGUUCGGCGAUGACAAUUCCGAGUUCGGAGGGCGCGACAACGCAGCCUACGACGGUUCAAGCGAAGUCCUACCCUGUGGGUCGGGUUCAAGAGUUGGUGUAUCACGAGCCACGGCUGGAGCUACCAGUUCGCGUGAGGAAUCGCUUGCUGAGCGAAACGACACCAACGAACUCGGUGAAGAGUUUGAGAUGGUUGACGGAAAGCGCGCCAUCACGCUACAGGAUUUCGGCAAAUUUGCGAAUCGCAUGGCUACCGCAGCGCGAACUCAGAGCACACGCUUCGGUGUAGUAAAUCGGCACCAAUCAUACGGCGGUACGGGAGCAUCUUCGCAACAUUCGCGACUACAACCUGCUAUGAGUCUUGUCCAGCGCGAUAAUGGAACAACUACAAUUCAGAUUAGCCAUACGCUCUCAAGGUCAGGUGACCCUGAUACGACGGAUGAGGGUCCUCGCGACGACAAACUAGAGGUGGUCAAGGUAAUGGAAACGGCGGCGAAACCUGUUGUCGGCGCAAUGGCCGGGCCGUUAUUGCCGGUAACGCGCGGCGAUAAUGAAGGGCAUACAUCAGACGGCGAUACUGCUCAAUCAGGCAGUGUCCACCCCGUAUAAAGUACCAUGGUUCGCUCUAUGGGGACGCACUCCUCAAGUCUCGGAAAAGCUAUGAGAGUACGCCACUAUAGCAGCUAAGGAGGGGCUUCUAGUGAACCUUAUGGCAGGUUGGGUGAUCCUGGAGAGCGGACAAUGAUAAUGGAGUUCAGUGACAAUUUCAUCUCAUCGUGGACGCCUCCGAUCGAACUAAGUAACUGACUUCACUGCCCUGCAUCUGGCCUACCCUUGACUUACCGGUAGCGCGUCUUCUACAUGUUUUCACGUUGUUAGUGGUCGAGAAUACAACCCGCACGAUUAAGUGCGGACUGGUUAGAGCCGGUAGCAAUUGUGAUAAAUGACAGAAACUGCUUCGAUCGACACGGGGGACGGCGCCUCAUUCUCAACAAACGAUAUCUUUUCAUACAACAAAUUCAUCUAGCGGAGAGAAGCGAAAAUCGACCGCAAGACAGAACGACAGAAAAAAAUAAAGGCUACGAACAACAAAAUUUUUUUUUUAAAAAAAAUCUCCCUAGCUAGAAAAACGGG